CGGAUUUAUAUCAGUUUGUGGGAUAGUACGACUGUUGUCAACAAGCGACUAUUGUGUGUGUGCGAAAUCCUAGGUGAAAGAGGCCGACCAAGCUGGCCUACUAACCAUCGAACGUAUCGGCAAUCCGGAAGGAAGAGAUGUAUCAGGCUGGGAGGAUCAGCAUAGGGACGGCGCAUUCGCUACACAUUCCACUAAGGAGCUGACAGUUGUAAACAGAACCCGGACGGAUGCGACUCUAAGCUCCCCCGCACGUUCUCGAGUCAGGCCGGGAGUUUCAUCUUGGACACUACUCCAGCUUAGCUUCAUGGCUAGAUAUGAGACACAAGCUAUCACCCGAACAGAAGGUAGAGAUGUAGAAACUAGAAAGAUGGACCUAGCGUUGGUCCGGCCUCUGUUUGAUCGCCCUGAGCUGCCUAUCUCGUAUCCCCGACAGAUAGCAGUACAGGCCGAGGCCGAGUGCGGCACAGACUCAUACCGUAAGAGAUAGAUGUUGCCCAGGUGGUCCUGGCAGUGACGGAUGGCGGAAGUUGGAACAGUGCUGGACUUUUCUAGAUGGUUUCAGGCCUGACGAUCAAACCCAGGCCC